UCUCCACCCAUUAAAAACAAAAGAAAACAAAACCCUUCUACCUCCGUAUAUUAACAAAAUUUCUGACCUGAAAGCCCUAACUCUAAAUCUCGCCGUCUCUCUCCGCCGUCAGAUCGAUCAACAAACUCCAGCGCAUUCGUAAUCUCAUACAAAUACAUUCGAAUGGAGUCGAUGGGAUUGUUCGGGACUGAUUGCAAAUCGAUUUUGUUGGAAAUUAAGCGUCAAGAGAAGCAGCUUAAACUCAAAAGACGGUGGCUGAUGGGACUCGCUACGUCCAAAUCUAAAAGAAAUCGGUUAAAAGAGCCAAAGUUCUUAAAGAAACAUAGGUCAUUGCCUGAAUCUCUGCUUAGGGAUGAUGAUAUAUUCUGUGAGACCAUAAAAAAACAUGUUGAAGAAUCCUUUGGAGCAUCUACAGCUGAAAGAGAGCAUGAUGAUCAAGACAAUAUGUUAUUGUAUGACAUGCACAAUAUAGAAAGAAUCCUUAACUUACACCUUGAUGCUUUCACAAAUAUGGGGCUUUACCACAUUGCCAAGAUACUUACAGGAGGCUUAGUCCAGUUUGAGAAAACUAGAAGGCAAAUGAAAAUGGUUAUUAGGGAAUCACUUUCUAAGGACUCUAGAAGUAAAAAUAAUCAUUGGAAGACAGAUGUCGUAAAGCAGCUAUCUCUUCUUCUAAAUGACCCACAAAAUUUCCAGGAGAAUUCAGCUAACUUUUUAACUCCCACAUUUCAAUCUCAUUAUGCUGCCACUGUCAAGGUCUUGGCUGGACUUGAGGACUUGCCUUUCCAGGCCCUGCUUGCAAUGGACAGGAAACUAAGAAGUGUGCAAAGAGGUAUGCCCCAAUUACAGCGCCACAGACAUGGUCGGAGUCGAGGCCAGAUAAUUGAAAAAGUGAGGAAAAAUAGCAAGAAAUUGCUUUCCGAAUUAGGUAAAAGGGAUGAGCUACAGAAGCCAUUAGCUAAAGCAAUGGCUAUAGCAGGUUUAUCGCUAAAACUAAAACCAGGAUGUCAGAAUUCAUCUGAUGCAGGCUUUCAACGGUUUUCCCCUGAAAUAAGAAGCUUACAAAAUGAGAUAGUGAAAGCAAUUUGUUUGCUUAAAACAAAGGUCAGAUUCCCAGAGUUGAAAACUUUACAGAAUUUGUUGGACCCAAAUGCUGAUAUACCCAAUGGUUGUCUUAGAACAGCAAUUAAGAAAAUGUUAAUUGAGUAUCUCUUUGAGUGCAGUGAUAUGGAUAUCAUUCCAAAGUCUUUAUUCGACACUCUUGCUAUUGUCAACCGGAGCUCUCGUAGUGCACCUUAUUGGUGCUUCCCAAAAGAGGAAAUUGAGCAAGAGGUAGAUUGCAUCUUGAGUGUGAGUGCUCACACAAAACAGGUUGUCUGGGAUUUGCUUCCUGACAAUGGGUUUGAUCAGGAUUUCGCUGAUGCAUAUAUGGAGGAAUUAGAAGAAAGUGAUGAUGGAUCAGAUAUUUAUGAUGAUGGUGAUUAUGGUGAUGGUGAUGUGGAUGCUGAAUCAGAUCAUGAAGCGGAAGGCUUUGGGGAGUCAGUGCCAGUUGAUACCACUAUGGAGAAUGGAUCUUCUGCCUACCUUACACCUAAGGACCAGCUUAAAAAUUCCUCAAGUGUAGGACCUGGACAAGAGUGUUUUAUCAGACUGGGUUCCGAUUCCCAUGGUGUUAUUUCACUCGCACAAUCCUUGGGAUCGCCUAUUCAUUGUAGCACCACUAAUGCAGAUAUUAGUCAAUACCAAGUAGAAAGUCGCAAAGUUUGCUCAUCCAUGACUGAUGGGAAUAGUUUCUCUUGGUUUCUUACACCGCAAGAAAGGUUUAAUUGCAACUUGUUUGAGAGACAUGAAGUUGAACUAAAUACUAGUCAGGUUCCAGUAUUCUCAAGCGAUUUAUUUUCUGAUAACUUCUUAUAUGAACAUAUAAAAACCAGCAAACAAAGUAGACGUAGAAACCAAUAUGUUGCGAUCCAAGAAAUUUAUGAUGAGAGUAGUCUGGUUGCCUAUAAUGUUAUUGGUCACAUGUUGGAGAAAUUUGCGAAGGAAGAAAAAGUAGAUUUAGACUGGAAUGACAGUUCAUAUCUCAGAGGCAACUUAUCAACUCUAGAACAUUCCCAAGCAGUUAAAUCAGAAAGGCAGACUUCACCCGAAGAGGAUGCAAGUAAUUCUGACAUAGUUCAAAUAGUUGAAGAGUUGGUACCUUCUCUUCCAAAGAGUGGAAUAAAAAAGUUGAAGAAGUUGAUGAUAGAUGCAUAACUGAUUUCAGCGUUGUCGGCCAGAAACAAAAAAAUUGUUUGGUUAACAUAUGGGUUUGCUGGAGAAUACGAACGCUUGAAUAGAUAGCCAGAACCAACGAAAGAAAAACAAUCUUGGAAUUCACCUUCUGCGGUAUGCCAUCCACUGACCAAAAACUAGAACCAUGGAGGCCCAAUGUCAAUUUCAUACUUGUUAAUCCCAUUGCUGUCUAGUUUUUGCAGGUGUCAUUCAUGUAAAAGAUGGCUGAAAAUUGUUAAACAAGGCUUCCCAAGGAGUAUCCAUUAUUAUUGGAGCUGCAUAGAGAUGUGGAAGCCAUCAAUUGUAAUGUAACUUCGACCAUAUUCAUUAUAUCUUCAUUAUGCAAUUGUUUAUGUCAACAGUAAAUUAUUUAUUGGAGACAAUAGUUGCCCUUGGGAAGUUCAAAAUAUCUUUCUUCCCUUGGGAUUACAUAGAAAUUAUGGUUUCCGGUCAGAAAUAUUACAGCAAUUUUAUUUGUUAAAAGCAAAUAUCGGUUUCCACCUGUCA